CUGAUGAGUUGUGUCUAUGCCGAUCGGAGCAAGUUUCGCGCGUAAAAGUUCACGUUCACGACGUGCUUGAACAAUUCUUAAUUAAAGGUGUAUGGUCUGUGUCUUUCAGUAAUUUGUGUUCCGUUGGAAUGUACACCACCUAGCGCCUGCAAAGCCUAGCCCAAAAAUGUGAAGCGCGCACGCACAUGAUUUCAAUAGCAAAUUUCACGCACACAUCGAUAAAUCAGGAGCCAAUCACAUACAAAAAUGAGACGCACACACGUGACGUUUUCGUUGAUUUUGACACAAACACGACGUUCCCAAAUUUUACUGAAUACGCCGAGAUUCCAUAUUACAUAAAAGCGACAUCUAUGACAUUUUGUAUUGUCAUAAUGUGUUUAGGUGUUAUUGGCAAUGUAAUGGUGCCGAUUGUGAUUCUGAAGACGAAGGAUAUGCGGAAUUCUACAAACAUUUUCCUGGUGAAUCUGAGUAUUGCUGAUCUCAUGGUGUUGCUAGUGUGUACACCUACUGUCCUGGUGGAAGUCAACUCGAAGGCGGAGACAUGGGUGCUUGGCAAGGAGCUAUGCCUAGCGGUACCAUUCGUGGAGCUAACGGUUGCGCACGCGUCGGUCCUGACGAUUCUCGCGAUAAGCUUCGAGCGGUAUUACGCUAUUUGCGAGCCUCUACGCGCUGGAUACGUCUGUACGAAGACUAGAGCAACACUCAUCUGCGCACUGGCAUGGUUCUUUGCCGCUUUGUUUACGAGUCCGAUAUUGGCCAUAGCUGAACUUCACUCCGUAACAAGAGAAGAUGGUACCGUCCAGCAAUGCCUGACUCAAGCCGUCACUGUUUGGGAAAUCACGUUCUUCGUGAUGGUCAUAAUUCUCUUAUAUAUACUUCCUCUCAUUAUUCUUAUAAUUCUUUAUACGGUUAUAGCUAAGAAUUUAAUAUCUGCUGCCUCCAAGGUCGUGAUGAACAAAACUGUAGAUCCUUACAAUGUCAGAGCCAGAAAACAAGUUAUUUUAAUGUUGGGAACUGUAGUGCUUUGUUUCUUUCUCUGCCUAAUGCCAUAUAGAGUUCUCGCUCUGUGGAUAAUAAUCACACCAUCUGAGUUGUCAGAUAAUAUAAGUCCUGAGAAAUGGUACAACUUGUUAUAUUUUUCUAGAAUAAUGCUGUACAUAAAUUCCGCGAUAAAUCCAAUACUGUAUAAUUUGAUGUCUUCGAAAUUUCGUGUCGGCUUCUGCAAAGUAUGCAUAUGUUAUAAAAGGGCAACGGACAGAAAUCAGAAUAGGCGAGUGCAGCGAACAGUGACAAAUGGAUCAACGACAAGCAGCAGCUUAUCUAGAACGACAAAUAGCUUGAAAAAACUGUUUACACACCGGACUAGUUUCGAUAAAAGCGAAACGGAGGCGGAGAAGGAAAGCAAAGACGUCGCAAGACAUAAUUUCUUCGCCAUAUUUACAAGUAAGAGAUUUAUAAGGCAGCAGUCAGCUCCGGUGUGCGAGUCUAAACCGAAAAUAAACAGAAUGCGUAGCGAAGGUAAUAUGACGGAAGUAGAGAAUAUAUUGCCUCUAGAUAGGCCUGGAGAUAGAGACACUCCGAGAUUUAUCGGUCAUUCCAAUGUUAAUACUAAAAAUAGAUUGGAUAUUGAGUUGGAUGGUAAUCGUGAUCAUGGAUCGCUGAGGCGAACGGUCCUGAUAAACAGUGCCAAGGCGAAGAGUUUGGAAGACAAUAAAAAGUUCGUUGUCUAUCAAAAGAUAAAGGUUGAUUGCGUCGUCGGCUUCAAGUCCAAGAGUGUGGAUUAUGACUUUCCAGAGAGUUUUGUGUGAAUGUGCCACAGAUAAAAUAUGUGCAGUAUUGAAACCCCAAUUUAAAAACUAAGGGUAUUGCCAUAUAAGCCUUUAUUUUAAAGAAUGAUAAUAACAUAAAUUAUUUAAUGUAAAUGCGUGGACUUUGGAGUAUUUUUGAAUUUGUAACAUAAUAAUUAAACAAAGCCAUUUAUGUAACCUUAUUUAACGAGUAUAAUAUAGUAUAAACAUUAAACGU